AUGAAGCUCUCAACACUCAUCCCUCUGGCAGCCCUGCUGUCCGUCUCUGCUGCUGCUGCUGAGUUCCCUGACGUGGACCUGAGCCGUUGUCUGCGCAUGUGUCUCACUAUGGGCGCUUGGGUGGCCGACUGCGGCUCCUAUGUCAAUACCUCUUGCACUUGUACCAGUGAUGCGUUCAGGAAUACUGUUGGCGAAUGUUUGAAGGAUUCCUGCACCCAGGAAGACAUUGACACCGCGGCGUCACUGCACAAGCAGGUUUGUGGUACAAGCCCGCAGUAA